GGACCUCAGCAUCAGAAAGAAGAAAGAUGGGCAAGAAUGAAGAGUCUCAUCCAUUGUUCGAAACAAGGAGAGCCAAAGGAAUAUUCAUUCAUAGAAUAUUUUCCUUCUCCAUGUUUUUGGGAAUUUUGUUCAUAUGGGUUUACAGAGUGAGUUACAUGCCAAGAAAAAGUAGUGAAGAUGGGAAAUGGGUUUGGCUUGGAAUGUUUUUGUGUGAGCUAUGGUUUGGUCUUUAUUGGCUUAUGAGGCUUUCACUCAGAUGGAACCCUGUUUUCCGACAACCCUUCCCCCACACACUUUCCCAAAGAUAUGAUGAUGAUAAGUUGCCAGGAGUGGACAUAUUUGUGUGUACCGCAGAUCCAGAAAUAGAACCGCCAAUAAUGGUGAUUAAUACAGUUCUGUCUGUAAUGGCAUAUGACUAUCCAACUCAUAAGCUUAGUGUCUAUCUCUCUGAUGAUGGAGGUUCAGAUAUUACUUUCUAUGCUCUUUUAGAGGCAUCUAAUUUUGCAAAGCAUUGGUUGCCAUAUUGCAAGAAGUUCAAUGUUGAACCAAGGUCACCGGCAGCAUAUUUCAAGAGUGUUUCCUCAACUACUUACUCAAAUGAUUCUAUAAAUGCCAAAGAGUUGGUCACCAUCAAGAAAUUGUAUGAAGAUAUGGAAAGUAGAAUAGAAAAUGCAGGCAAGGUGGGUGAAGUAGCUGAGGAAAUCCGCUCCAAACACAAGGGAUUUUCUCAGUGGAAUUCAUUCUCUUCUCGAAGGGAUCAUGAUGCAAUUAUUCAAAUUUUACUUCAUGGGAAAGACUCGAGCGCCAAAGAUAUAGAUGGAAUCGUUUUGCCAACCUUGGUAUAUUUAUCUCGCGAGAAGAGGCCCCAUGUUGCACAUAACUUCAAAGCUGGAGCCAUGAAUUCACUGAUAAGGGUGUCAUCAAUUAUUAGCAAUGGGAAAAUGAUUCUUAACGUAGAUUGCGACAUGUACUCAAACAAUGCACAAUCUCUAAAGGAAGCACUUUGCUUCCUCAUUGAUGAAGAAAAAGGCCAUGAAAUCGCUUUUGUGCAAACGCCACAGGGCUUUGAGAAUCUUACAAAGAAUGAUAUCUAUGGCGGUGCUCUUAGAGUUAUUUAUGAGUGGGAAUUUCCUGGCAUGGAUGGUUUUGGUGGACCUAUGUACAUUGGAUCUGGUUGCUUUCAUAAGAGGGAUACACUCUGUGGAAGAAAGUUUAAUGAUCAUGAAAGCUUGAAGCAUUGGAAUGGUGAAGAUAUAAACAAUGACCAAUCAAUGACAAAAACAAGCUUGCAUCUAUUGGAAGAAAAGUCAAAGGCUCUUUUAAGUUGCACUUAUGAGAAUAACACACUAUGGGGAAAAGAGAUGGGACUACUAUAUGGUUGUGCAGUGGAGGAUGUUAUAACUGGUUUAGCUAUACAAUGUAGAGGGUGGAAAUCAGUGUACUAUAAUCCAAAAAGGAAAGCUUUCUUAGGAGUAUCUCCAACCACAUUGCCAGAAGCAUUAGUUCAACAUAAGAGAUGGUCUGAAGGAGGAUUCCAAAUUCUGCUCUCUAAGUAUAGUGCUGCAUGGUGUGCUUAUGGAUUAAUCAGCCCAGGACUUCAAAUCACAUAUUGUUUUUACAAUCUUUGGGUCCUUAAUUGCUUGCCAACUCUUUAUUACUCAAUUUUCCCUUCACUUUGUCUCCUCAAAGGGAUUUCCUUGUUUCCACAGAUGUCAAGUCCAUGGUUGAUACCAUAUGCAUAUGUCACACUUGGUGAAAAUACUCAAUGCUUGUUGGAAUUUUUGUGGUCAGAAGGCACAAUAAAAGGUUAUUGGAAUGACCUAAGGAUGUGGCUUUACAAGAGAACAAGCUCAUACUUAUUUGCCUUGAUUGAUACCAUCUUCAAGUCUCUAGGAUUUUCAAGUUUAGCCUUUGUGAUCUCAGCUAAGGUAGCUGAAGAAAAUGUUUCUCAAAGGUAUAAGAAGGAGAUAAUGGAGUUUGGAAACUCUUCCCCAAUGCUCACUCUUCUUGCAACACUAGCAUUGAUCAAUUUGUUUUGUCUUGUUGGUGCCUUAUUCAAAGGUGGUCUUGGAAUGUUGAUGGUGUUGCCAUUGCAAGUUCUACUAAGUGGGGUGUUGGUUCUCAUCAAUUUGCCUUUGUAUGAAGGCCUCUUUCUAAGGAAGGACAAGGGAAGAUUUCCAACCUCUGUUGUGUUUAAAUCAAUGGCAGUGGCUCUAAGUGCUUGUGUUCUAUCAAAUGUGAAUGUCUUCACUACAAUUUAGAAGACUGUUAUGUUUUUUAUUAAAUAAAUAUUUUAUUGUUCUGUUUUUGAGACAUUGACUAGAGAGAUAAGGAAACAGGAAAAAAUUGAGUUA